AUGAGAGGAUGCACAGAAGAAAAAGAGGGGGCUGGGAAGAGAACAAAGGAAAAGACAGAAAGUGCACGUCAGAACAAGCCUGUUGGUUGGGCUGUGGUGGUGGAUGGGUGGAGAGCUCCAAGGGGAAUCCUUCCUCAUCCAUAUCUCUCUUUCUCUCUCUCUCAUGCACAUAUACACAUGUCUUAA